CUUUCAGAUGAAGGCAUUGAAGCUUGCACAAGUUCUCCUGACAAAGUCAAUGUAAAUGACAUCAUCCUGAUUGCUCUCAAUACAGAUCUGAGAACAAUUGGCAAGAAAUUCCUCCCCAGUGACAUCAAUGGUGGAAAGGUAGAAAAGCUUGAAGGUCCAUGUGUUUUGCAAAUUCAAAAAAUUCGUAAUGUUGCUGCGCCAAAGGAUAAUGAAGAAUCUCAGGCUGCACCAAGGAUGCUGCGAUUGCAGAUGACUGAUGGUCAUAUAAGUUGCACAGCAGUAGAAUUUAGUUAUAUGCCAAAAAUAAGCCUGAACACACCACCUGGAACUAAAGUUAAGCUAUCAGGCAUUGUUGACAUAAAAAAUGGAUUCCUGCUCUUGAAUGACUCUAACACCACUGUUCUUGGAGGUGAAGUGGAACACCUUAUUGAGAAAUGGGAGUUACAGAGAAGCUUAUCAAAACACAAUAGAAGCAACAUUGGAACUGAGGGUGGACCGCCUCCUUUUGUGCCUUUUGGACAGAAAUGUGUAUCUCAUGUCCAAGUGGACAGCAGAGAACUUGAUCGAAGAAAGACAUUGCAAGUUACAAUGCCUGUCAAACCUGCAAAUGAUAAUGAUGAAUUUGAAAAGCAAAGAACUGCUGCUAUUGCAGAAGUUGCAAAGAGCAAAGAAACCAAGACGUUUGGAGGAGGAGGUGGUGGUGCUAGAAGUAAUCUCAAUAUGAGUGCUGCUGGUAACCGAAAUAGGGAAGUUUUACAGAAAGAAAAGCCAACCAAAUCAGAGGGGAAACAUGAAGGUGUUUAUAGAGAACUGGUUGAUGAGAAAGCUCUGAAGCACAUAACAGAAAUGGGCUUUAGUAAGGAAGCAUCAAGGCAUGCUCUUAUGGAUAAUGGCAACAACUUGGAAGCAGCAUUGAAUGUCCUUCUUAACAGCAAUAAACAGAAGCCUGUGAUGGGUCCACCUCUUAGAGGUAGAGGAAAAGGCAGGGGGCGAAUAAGAUCUGAAGAUGAAGAGGACCUGGGCAAUGCAAGGCCAUCUGCACCAAGCACAUUAUUUGACUUCUUGGAAUCUAAGAUGGGCACUUUGAAUGUGGAAGAACCUAAGUCACAACCACAGCAGCUUCAUCAGGGACAACACAUUUCAAGUACUGAACAAAAUGGAGUAAAAGAUAAUAAUCAACCAAGACAUCUUCCUCGAAAUGAUACCAGGCAGCCAAGAAAUGAAAAACCUCCUCGUUUUCAAAGAGACUUCCAAAAUUCAAAGUCAGUUUUAGAAGGUGGUGGAUUUCCUAGACACAGAGGUGCUGAGAGACCAAGUACUUCUUCAGGAUCUGAAGUAUGGACUGAAGAGAGAAUCAAGUGUGAUAGACCAUAUUCUAGAUAUGACAGAACUAAAGAUAAUUCAUAUCCUUCAGGUUCUCAGCACAAUGAUGGUGCUUUUAAAAAAAGAGAUAACUCUAUGCAAAGCAGAUCAGGGAAAGGUUCAUCCUAUGCAGAGGCAAAAGAAAGUCCACUUCCUCAAGAAUCCCUAGAUUAUAAUAAUCAAAAACGUGGAAAAAGAGAAAACCAAAAUGUGAAUCCUGAUCAUUUUUAUGACAGAAAGUCACGAACAAUAAAUAAUGAAGCUUUCAGUGGUAUAAAAACUGAGAAACAUUUUAAUGUAAAUACUGCAUACCAGAAUCCUGUUCGAAGUAAUAGUUUCAUUGGUGUUCCAAAUGGAGAGGCAGAAAUGCCUCUUAAAGGAAGACGAAUAGGACCUAUUAAGCCAGCAGGACCCAUCACAGCUAUACCCUAUGAUGAUAAAAUAUUUUACAACAGUGGGCCCAAAAGAAGAUCUGGGCCAAUUAAACCAGAGAAAGUACUAGAAUCAUCUAUUCCUAUGGAGUAUGCAAAAAUGUGGAAACCUGGAGAUGAGUGUUUAGCACUUUAUUGGGAAGACAACAAGUUUUACCGGGCAGAAGUUGAAGCCCUCCAUUCUUCGGGUAUGACAGCAGUUGUUAAAUUCACUGAUUAUGGAAACUAUGAAGAGGUGCUACUAAGCAAUAUCAAGCCCCUUCAGACAGAGGCAUGGGAGGAAGAAGGCACCUAUGAUCAAACUCUGGAGUUCCGUAGAGGAGGUGAUGGCCAGCCAAGGCGAUCUACUAGGCCAACCCAGCAGUUCUACCAACCUCCCCGGGCUCGGAACUGAUCUGAAAAGAGUCUUUGUGAAGAAAGGAGCCCUUGACUGAAACGUCCUGGUCAAAACCUGUUGACAGACUCUCUCUACUUUCUCUUCAGAGUAAGAAGCAGCCGUGGUGGAUUUUAUUUGAAGAAGGAAAAAGAUUCAACUGGCAUAAAGAAUGGGAAAAAAUACUUAGUUAAAUAAAGCAAAUACUUUUGCAAAUGAAAGGAAACAUUUUUUUCUUUUCAUCAAUAAAACUAUUGUGCUAUUAUA